CAUGGUUGCUGUCUUGCUCCCAACGUCGGCGACGCUCAGGGAGACUCAACGCAAUCCACCGUCUGAUACAACAUCUCCGUCGUCAUGAACUUCCUUACUCUGCUAUCUCUCGCAGUUUCUGCUUCAGUAGCCUCUGCUCUUGGGCCUCUCGGUGGCGUCAACACCGCCGGAUACGACUUCACUGUGACUACAGAUGGCUCCUUCUCUGGAACCGGUCAGACACCCCCGCCCUCGCAGUAUGCACACUUCACCAAGCAGGGCGCAAAUCUGUACCGCAUCCCAUUCGCUUGGCAGCUCAUGACCCCUCAGGUCGGUGGAGUCAUUGACGAAGGUUUCUUCCAGAAGUAUGACGCCACAGUCAAAGCCGCCCUGUCGUCGGGAUCCAAUGUCCACGUUAUUGUCGAUUUACACAACUAUGCUCGCUGGAACGGAGGCAUCAUCGCUCAAGGUGGUCCAAGCAACGAUCAAUUCGUUGACUUCUGGUCCAAGCUCGCCUCCAAGUACAAAGACAACGACCGCAUCAUCUUUGGUAUCAUGAACGAGCCUCACGACCUAGAUGUCCCAACCUGGGCCAACACCGUCCAACUCGCUAUCAAUGGGAUUCGCAAAGCAGGCGCGAAGUCUCAGUAUCUUCUGUUGCCCGGAUCCACCUACGCGAGUGCUGGGACUUUCCCCACUGAGGCUGGUCCACUCUUCGUGAAGCUAACUGACCCUGCUGGCGGCAAAGACAAGCUCAUUUUCGAUGUUCACGCUUAUCUUGACUAUGACUACAGUGGCACACACGCAGAAUGUACCAGGAAUGGAGUCUCUGACUUGCAGACGCUCGUUGAUUUCUUGAAGUCCAACGGAAACCGUCAAGCCAUCCUCAGUGAGACCGGUGGCGGAAACACGGCUUCUUGCGAGCAAUAUCUCAAACAGGAGCUUGCAUUUGUAAAGAAUAACCCCCAGCAACUCGCUGGCUUUUCUACGUGGGCCGCAGGGGCAUUCGACACUAGCUACGUCCUGUCCGAGACGCCCAACGCUGACGGUUCGGACCAGCCCAUCUGGACCAACGCCGUGAAACCAAACCUCCCCAAUUAA